GGACUCUUGGCUUGAAAAUGGUGUAAGUAUAGUUUCUGAUGGAUGGUCAGAUCCACAAAGGAGGCCUCUUAUUAAUAUUAUGGCUGUAUCAGAUGGGGGUCCAGUGUUUAUAAAGGAAAUUGAUGGGUCAGGUGAGUUCAAAGACAAACAUUAUAUUGCUGGGGUGUUGAAGGAUGCUAUAAAAGAGAUUGGACAUGAAAAAGUUGUCCAAGUCAUCAUUGAUAAUGCUAAUGUGAUGAAGUCUGCUAGAGCUCUUAUUGAAGGUGAGUGUCCUAAAAUAUUUUGGACAACUUGUGUUGUCCACACUCUCAAUCUAGCUUUGAAGAAUAUUUGUGCAGCAAAAAACACUGAAAAGAAUGAAGUUACAUAUGAGGAAUGUAGUUGGAUUACACGUGUUGCUGAUGAUGCAUCCUUCAUACGUGUUUUUAUCAUGAACCAUUCAAUGAGGUUGGCAAUGUUUAAUGAAUUUUGUCCAUUAAAACUGCUCCAAGUUGCUGAUACUAGAUUUGCUUCGGUGGUUGUAAUUUUGAAAAGGUUGAAAUUGAUAAAAAGAUGCCUUCAAGCCAUGGCUAUUAGUGACCAAUGGGCUUCUUAUAGGGAGGAUGAUGUUGGAAAAGCUCAAAAGGUGAAUGAUAUGAUUCUAAGUGAUCUUUGGUGGGAUAAUAUUGGUUAUAUUCUUGAAUUUACAGCACCCAUUUAUGAUAUGCUACGAAUAGCCGACACAGAUAAGCCUUGUCUUCAUCUUAUGUAUGAGAUAUGGGAUUCAAUGAUAGAGAAGGUGAAGGCAGUAAUAUAUCGACAUGAAGGCUUGGAAGAUGAUCAGUAUAGCUCAUUUUGGGGUGUGGUGUAUGAUAUACUCAUUGAUCGAUGGACUAAAAAUUGUACACUACUACAUUGCUUGGCUCAUUCCUUAAAUCCUAAGAAUUACUCCAUUGAAUGGCUUUCGGAGAAUCCAAAACGUAUCCCUCCACAUCGGGAUCAUGAAAUUUCUAUGGAAAGAAGCAAGCGCAAUGAAGAGUACAUACAUACAGCAACAAAGAUGUGGGAUAUUGCAGGAGACUCUUGGAAUGAGAGCGACAUACAUGGAGGAGCUGGAAUUCUUGAGAAUGCAGCUUUUACACUUGAUGAGCCAGAGUUGGAGGCCAUAGUUAUUGGGAAUGUUAACACUAGUGCUACUACUAGUGAAAGUGAAGUUUGA